AAUAACGCACAGGAGAGCUGCUCUGUGGCACAUGGAGGAAGCCCCAGUGACAGACCAUUUGUCUCUUUUUCUUAAUCUAACUUUGACCAUUAGCAUUAGCUGGCAGAGCUCACAGGUCAGGGGGAGGAAGGAGUGUAUAAAUCCUUGAAAACAAAGAAGGCUGUGAACUUUUAACUGCUGAGUGAAGAGGUUUGAGGUUUACCUGCAGUGGCGGCUUAAUUGUCAACUAGUUCUGGAAGAACUCUGUGGAUCUAUGCAGGACUGUGCUGGCAGCAGGGAGCUCUGAUUUAAGGCAAAUUACAAAUUACAAAAAAUGUUUAUUGUAUUGACCUCAGCCUGUCAUGAUGGCUUUACUGGGCUGGCUUAGAAAGCACCUGUUGAUGGGGGUUAAUAUUUAUACUUCAAGUAGAUGUAGACCUCCCAAAAGUCCAUAACAUUUUUGUUAUUUCAGAAAACUUCUUACACUAGCAGAAAUUUGGCAGAUAAGUACAAGAGAAUGAGGAGAAAUGUCUGAAUCCAACAGUGAAAUAAGUUCCUUUGUACUCUGUUAAGUUGUUUUAAAAGUUAAGGUAGGUUCAUGACAUCCAGCAACAGUGUUAUUCCUCACCUGUCGCAGUCCCUGGCGCUGGCUCAGCCCGCCUGUAUAAUUUGGGAUGUCUAAUUGCUCAUUCAGGAUAUUUCUGAAGAGGAGUUCAGAGGAGAGAGCUGUUCCGCACUCAGCCACUGUGUAAUUUUAUCCACGCCGCAGUCUCUCACUUCACACAGGGCUGAUACCUUUUGCCUCCCCCUUUCCUUUGUAUCAAUUGGUCGGAGUUCAGCCUAUUGUCGCCACAAGCUUCUUUUAUAUCUGCUCUCAGUCUGAGCACAGGCUCUCAGUCAGACUAGCAGGAGGGAUUUCCAGCAGCAGCAGCAGCAGCAGCAGCAGAGGCGUGGAGCGGAUCCUACCUCGGGGGCGGCUGUGCUGUCAGCGGUGUCUCUCUGGCUCGGAUGUGCGCAAGUCUGGAGCUCUGGAGCGUUGGGGCCCCGAGACUUUAAUGGGACCCCGAGAACCGGGCAGGAGUUUUCGGUUUUUUCACCAAAAUAGUCGCUUCCUGGCCAUGCCACAAUGCUGAUGAUACCUCUGCUGGUGUUGCUGAGCCUUUCGGAUCCCGUUAGUCCCCGGGCCAGCUGCGACCGGAGCCAGACUUGUGACCCCCGGCAGCGGAGGGAUGCCGGGGGCCGCGGAGGAGUGUAUGAACACCUUGGAGGAGCGCCGAGACGCAGGAAACUCUACUGCGCUACUAAAUACCAUUUACAAAUCCAUCCUAACGGGAAAAUAGAUGGCUCACUGGAGGAAAACAACCCGUUUAGCAUCAUGGAAAUCACAGCCGUGGAUGUGGGUGUUGUGGCCAUAAAAGGGCUUUUCUCUGGCAGAUAUCUGGCCAUGAACGACAAAGGCCGGCUGUAUGCCUCGGAAGUGUUCACCAGAGAGUGUGAGUUUGUGGAGCGAAUCCAUGAGUUGGGGUACAACACCUACGCCUCCCGCCACCAUUCCACGGAGCAACCGCUGCCACCAGGGGGCGGCAGCAGCAGCAAGAGGCGAGCCAGCGCCAAGCGGCAGUGGUAUGUUUCCAUUAACGGCAAAGGCCGGCCGCGGCGAGGUUUUAAAACCCGAAGCACGGACAAAGCCUCACUUUUCCUGCCUCGGGUGCUGGGCAACAAAGACCAUGACAUGGUGAGGCGGCUGAGAGACAGUCAGAGUGCUCAUCACCACACGCACCACCACAGCAGCAGCCGCGGUGAUCACCGGAGACGCCGGCACCGUGCCAGGACAGGCCAGGGCCGAAGGCAAGAUGACUGAGGAGACUUUUGGAAGAGGGAGCUGUGGCCCUAUGACUAAUCCAAACAUGGACCCCUAAUCUUGGCACAUACUGUAGCUUGAUUGCAACAGAGGAAAAAAAAACUUGGUGGAUCCUGCCUUCUGGAAGUUUUUGUUGUUGAUGCACAGAAACAAAUCCAUAGAAGGAAGAAGGAAAGAUGGGGCCACAACAAGCGUUGGGGCACAUAUAUCAGAGAGACUUUAGCACACACACACACACACACACACACACACACACACACACACACACAGCGGUAACAUCUUUUAUUUACUGAGGCCUGACUUCUUCAUAAUGCUACUGUCUUAAACAAAUAAUAUAGGUAGUUGAAAGGUUCCAGCUUUGUAAAGAGUUCUUCUUUGGUACAAUAAAUCAUUUUACCAUCAACUUCACACAGAGCUAUUAUUGUAAAUACAGUAUGCACUAUGCUUGUACAGUGACUCUACUGCUUUGCAUUUGUGAAAUAUUUUGCUAUCUUGAAGUGCUUACAAACACGAUGGUUGUUGAAGAGAGGACUUUACACAGCAAAGCACUUUUGGUCAGAUUCACAUUAAGAAGCAGAGGGACACUGAGUGGGAGACAAGAUCCUGUUAAUAUUUUUGCAACAUUCUUACAAUGUGAUAGUCUACUGUCUGUAAACUUAAAGAUGUACUUUGUAUAUUGUACUAAUGAUAUGAAUAUUUAUUUGUUGCCUGUGUUGUAAGUUAUUGAUAAGAUUGUUUCUGCAUAAUGUUGCAGUUUGUUUCCACUCACCACCUAGUUCCAACAUAAAACACAAUGGUACUGACCCAAGGAAACUGC